GGGUUUGGAAAGACAGCGGCGUUCUCCAGACUUUAGCGUCAGACCACGUGACCGGUGAGCAGCAGGGCUCUGUCCGAGGUGCUGAAGCAGGAAAACCAACCCAGCAGCCGAAUCCGCCGUUGGUUUUCAGCGAUAUGUGGUCCAUCAGCGCUGGCUCGACGUCCGAGCUGCUCCGUGUGCUGCUGGACCGAUCACGUAGAGAUGGUUAGCGUGAUAUCUCCAGACUCAUCCCGCCCCUCGCGCCCCCUUUGGCACGCUUCCGCCUCAAACCGACCAAUGAGAGCGCGAUGCGCUGCAGCUUAUAAAGCCUUCUGCCGUCGAGCUGUUCACCCCGCCGUCCCCCGCCGUCCUAUAAACCACUGAGCCGAGCCGCAUCCCCAGACCUACCGCAACCCGCGAAGAUGGCGACCCGGACCAUGCAAGCUGCCCGAUGCCCGACAGAUGAGCUGUCACUGACUAACUGUGCCGUCGUGAGCGAGAAGGAUCUGCAGUCCGGACAACAUGUGACGGUGAAAACGACACCAAACCACAAGUACGCGUUUACAGUAAAGACCCAUCAUACUGUAGCACCUGGAAGCAUCGCCUUCAGCCUGCCGCAGAGGAAAUGGGCUGGUCUCUCCAUCGGCCAGGAAGUGGAAGUGUCCAACUAUAACUUUGACAAGUCCAAGCAGUGCAUUGGCGCCAUGACGAUCGAAAUCGACUUCCUGCAAAAGAAGAGCACCGACUCCUCUCCCUACGACUCGGACAAGAUGGCCGGCGAGUUCAUCCAGCAGUUCAACAACCAGGCCUUCUCCGUCACCCAGCAGUUAGUGUUCAGUUUCUGUGACAAGCUGUUCGGACUGGUGGUGAAGGACAUCGAGGCGAUGGACACCAGCAUCCUGAAAGGAGAACCAGCUUCUGGGAAGAAGUCGCAAAAGAUCGAUGUCGGUCUGAUGGUGGGCAACAGCCAGGUCAUCUUCGAGAAGGCAGAGAAUUCUUCACUCACACUAGUUGGUAAGGCAAAGACCAAGGAGGCACGGCAGACAAUCAUCAACCCGGACUGGAACUUUGAGAAAAUGGGAAUUGGAGGUUUGGACAAGGAAUUCUCUGACAUUUUCCGCAGAGCCUUCGCAUCCAGGGUUUUCCCUCCUGAUAUUGUGGAGCAGAUGGGCUGCAAGCACGUGAAGGGAAUCCUGCUGUUUGGCCCACCAGGGUGUGGAAAAACUCUGAUGGCCCGGCAGAUAGGCAAGAUGCUCAACGCCCGUGAGCCGAAGGUGGUUAACGGUCCGGAGAUCCUCAACAAGUACGUGGGAGAGUCUGAGGCCAACAUCCGCAAGCUGUUUGCCGACGCAGAGGACGAGCAGAAGAGGCUUGGCGCCAACAGCGGCCUGCACAUCAUCAUCUUCGAUGAGUUGGAUGCUAUCUGCAAGCAGAGAGGCACGGGCGCCAGCAGCACGGGUGUACACGACACGGUGGUCAACCAGCUGCUGUCGAAAAUCGAUGGCGUGGAGCAACUUAACAACAUCCUGGUUAUUGGAAUGACCAACAGGCCCGACCUCAUUGAUGAUGCUCUGAUGAGGCCUGGCAGGUUUGAGGUGAAGAUGGAAAUCGGUCUGCCUGAUGAGAAGGGUCGCUUCCAGAUCCUGAACAUCCACACCAUUAAGAUGCGGAACUUUAACCUGCUGGCUGGAGACGUUGACAUCAAAGAGCUGGCCGCAGAGACAAAGAACUACAGCGGUGCCGAGCUGGAGGGGCUCGUCCGGGCCGCACAGUCCACCGCCAUGAACCGACAUAUCAAGGCUACAACUACAGUUGAGGUGGACAUGGAGCGGGCGGAGAAGCUCCAGGUCACCAGGGCUGACUUCAUGGGAUCCCUCAACAAUGACAUCAAGCCCGCUUUUGGCACAAACCAGGAGGAUUACUCCAGCUACAUCAUGAACGGGAUCAUCAAAUGGGGCGACCCCGUUACCCACGUCCUGGAUGACGGAGAGCUGCUUGUCCAGCAGACCAAGAACAGCGACCGCACUCCUCUGGUGGCCGUACUCCUGGAGGGUCCAUCCCACAGUGGGAAGACGGCCCUGGCAGCGAAGAUCGCAGAGGACUCCCAGUUCCCCUUCAUUAAGCUCUGCUCUCCAGACAAGAUGAUUGGAAACUCUGAGAUCUCCAAAUGCCAGGCUAUCAAAAAGGUCUUCGAUGACGCAUACAAGUCCCAGCUCAGCUGUGUGGUGGUGGACGACAUCGAGCGCCUGCUGGACUACGUGCCUAUUGGUCCUCGUUUCUCUAACCUUGUGCUGCAGGCUCUGCUGGUGCUGCUUAAAAAACCUCCACCCAAGGGCCGGAAGCUGCUCAUCAUCGGCACCACCAGCAGGAAGGACGUCCUGCAGGAGAUGGAGAUGCUGGACGCCUUCAGCACCACCAUCCACGUCCCCAACAUCUCCACUGGGGAGCAGCUGGUGGACGCCUUAGAGCUCCUCGGAAGCUUCACCGAUAAAGAGCGAGCCAGCAUCGGCCAGCAGCUCCGGGGGAAGCGGGUCUGGAUCGGGAUCAAGAAGCUGCUGGUGCUCAUAGAGAUGUCGCUGCAGAUGGAUCCAGAUUACAGAGUGAUCAAAUUCAUGACUCUGCUUAGAGACGAGGGAGCUGAUCGCAGCUUGUAAGAGCAGAGGGAGCAAGUGGAGCUGAGGAGACUUUCCCUGUCUGCAAAACCAUAAACACGAACCAACGUGGCAGGAUAAAACUGACCCCUGGUCUAACUCCUCUCCCCCUCCGCAUGUCCAACCGAAAAGACGUCUCCUUGUCUCCUCCCCUCACGCUCACCGACGUCACUAACGGCACUUAUAUCAACAUGUUGCAGCCAACUAUUGGAAGUUGUAAUGUGAAAAUCUGUACUCUGUAAAGGAACUUACAAUAGAUGAUUGUGGAGAAAAUAAUAAAGUGUUGUUUUGUGCAUUGUGCGUAAAAAAAGCUACAAAAAAAAAGGAGCAGGCGGUGUUUUAAGCUCUACUCUGUUGUAUUUGUUGCCUCCUUCUCGUCCCGCUGACUGUAGUUAUUGUCAUGCGUCCUCACGAGCCGUUUAAAACGCAACUCUGACUCCAGUACUGAGGUCGUUUGGCUGCCGAGGUGUGAAUACAUGAGAGCUUUUAGUGAUAUAGCUGUGGCUGUACAAAGAUGCUGUUUCAUGUGUAAAUGUAAUCCCUUUAAAGACAGAGUAUGAUAUUGUUCUGUAAAUAGUAUAUAUAUAGAGAGAGGAAAAAACAGUAUAUGAACAGAUGAUGGAUAUUUCCUAGUAUAUCAGUAUGAUCUUCCUUGCUGUGGAGAUGUUGAUUUGGUUUUAGUGUAGAAAUAAAAUCACGUAACGGAUCGUCGGCCGCUCCGUCUGUACGCAGUGCUGUUCAGUUCAUUGUGGGGAACCCCAUGCUGCAUGUGUAUGGUGUGUGUAUGAAUGGUUGACUAAGGUUUAUUCAAAUGCAAUCGUGUGUGUGUGUG